AUGAUAUCGAUCAGAUUUAUCGAUGCAAGUGGUCAGAAAAAAGCCUCGUCGCGUUGGAUACUAGAGGUCGUUGUAGUAGUGCGCUCUUGCAGUGCUAUGGCGAAGAUAGUGCAUGUAUUAUUGUAUAUUUUUACUUUUUACUUCAAGAAUAAUGACGCCGUCCAUAAAUUAUACAGAAGAAUAAAAUGUCUGGUAGUUGUCAAGCUAUCGAACAAUCACGAGGACUCGUCAUGCGCGCGGCGAGAUUCUCGUUCUCCGCCGGCUGGUUCUGAUGUGAUAUUGCCCAAUCGUCAUGUCAGAUUCAGAAAGAUGAAAAGAUGCACCAGAAGUAGACAAAAGUUGUUUACUUAUUUUCACAAUGCGCACGACGCUAUUUGUCAUCAACCUUACUCGACUCAGAGCUUAUCCUUGAUGAGUGGUUUUUUACCAGAAAGAACGCUUGUUAAUGUUGAUCUGUAA